CUGUAGAGGACACACUACGCAUCUCCCCAUCACUUUCCGCUCUACUCUACCUCCUGCUUCUGCAAGCAAGCACGUUCAGUACGUCGUGUUUUCGAAAACACUGAGCUAAAGAAUCAACGCUGCCAUGGCUGAUGCUGCCCUUUCUUUCGCUAAAGACUUUUUGGCCGGUGGUGUCGCAGCGGCAAUUUCCAAGACCGCAGUUGCACCGAUAGAGAGAGUCAAACUGCUGCUGCAGGUACAACAUGCCAGCAAGCAGAUCACUGCAGACAAACAGUACAAAGGUAUUAUCGACUGUAUUGUGAGGAUUCCUAAGGAGCAAGGCUUUAUUGCCUUUUGGCGUGGCAACCUAGCCAACGUCAUUCGCUAUUUCCCCACACAAGCCCUCAACUUUGCCUUCAAGGACAAGUAUAAACAGGUAUUCUUGGGUGGAGUUGAUAAGCACACGCAGUUCUGGCGAUACUUUGCUGGCAACUUGGCCUCCGGUGGAGCUGCAGGAGCCACUUCCCUCUGCUUCGUCUACCCCCUAGAUUUUGCUCGUACCCGAUUGGGUGCAGAUGUCGGGAAAGCUGGCAGCUCCAGAGAGUUCAAUGGGCUGGCCCACUGCCUGGGCAAAAUCUUUAAGUCAGAUGGGUUGCGGGGUCUGUAUCAGGGCUUCAACGUCUCUGUCCAGGGCAUCAUUAUUUACAGGGCGGCCUACUUCGGAGUCUAUGACACUGCUAAAGGCAUGCUUGCUGACCCUAAGAACACCCACAUUGUGGUCAGCUGGAUGAUUGCACAAUCUGUGACGGCAGUGGCUGGCGUGGUCUCCUAUCCCUUUGACACUGUGCGGCGUCGCAUGAUGAUGCAGUCUGGGCGCAAAGGAGCGGAUAUUAUGUACACUGGAACCAUUGACUGCUGGAGAAAGAUCGCUCGUGAUGAGGGCGGCAAAGCGUUCUUCAAAGGGGCUCUGUCUAAUGUACUCCGAGGAAUGGGGGGCGCUUUUGUGCUCGUGCUUUAUGAUGAAUUCAAGAAGUUUGUUUAAACAACAUAUGCUAAAAGAAAGUAGAAUAGAUUUCACCACAGUUUUGUCAAGCUUUAACCAAACCCUCUCCACUCCGCACAGAUGUGGUCUGAAUUAAAUUGUGUUAGAAGCAAAAAGCAAUUAUUAUUUUAAAUUAAUUCUGUUGGUUGCUAUAUUUUUAUGUUCAGAAAAUGCUCUUUCCUUUGAUGAUAAAAAAAAAAAAUCUAAAUUGUAUCAAAAGAAAGCAUCUAUAUGUGUGAUUUAAGUGUGCAGCCAGAGAAAUAUUACAGAUAAAAUUAUAAAAAGAAAAAAAAGCGAAAUGUGUUGCGUAUUUAUGCUCAAAAUUAUUUUAAUUAAGAUUUUGUCUAUAAUAUUCCUCCAUAAAUCUGAGCCAUUAUAAGUAUUCAUUAAUAUGUUGUCUAUUCCGUGCAAUACCAUAAUUCCUCCUGAAGAUGGCGUGACACGACAGCAUUUUGUCCUGCAUUCAUAUACAGUACCAUGUUCUUGUAGUCCUUCGGUUAAGUUUUUCAGUUCUCCUAGCCAUGGUCUGUGGUUACAAGGGUAUACAAUAUCACUCUCAAAACAAAAUGUGGAGUUCAAACACAGAAUACUGUUCCACAGUUUAAACGUUUUCUCAAAGUUGGACUUGAAAAACCAACUGAGAGCAAGUGUCCGAUGGAAUCAUAGACGUAUUAAAUAUGACGCUUUAAUUCACAACAGAUUUGCCCUCUAUGUGUCUCAGCAAUGAAAGAGAGCCCAGUAAAGUGUUCCAGCAGAGAAUGUGUGGAGCCAGAGACAUGGCAUUCACAGUCAGACCUUAUGUGACACGAAAAGUGUAUUUCCAUGAUUUCUCUUUUUGGAAGUCCGCUUAAGUAUUUUCCAUCUUGGAUAAUGAGGGGAGUCAUAUUUUCAUGGUCAUUUUCUUGUCAGUCUCAGUGUUUGGUUGCGUCAGGCUGAUCUUGAUGAACUAGAUCCCGCUUUUAGAAGUAUAAAUGUGAGGGCAAGUAAGGAAGGGCGUUUUGAGUUCAGGAAUGACACUGGAACGUUACACUCAUUUUUAGCAUGUAGAGCUAUUGUAAUAUUAUUCCACACUUUAUGGAGAAAAAGGCUGUAGUCUACUUACAGAUUCUACUUGCAGUAAUGUACGAACACCAAUGCUUGUGAAUUCAAUAAAUGUCCAUACCUUA